UCCUUUCGAGUUUACUUCCGGGAACCACUACCCAAAAGUAAAACAAAUAAGUCAAUAUCUAAACGUUGAUUUAAGUAUCUGUCUAAGUUUUUAUACAUUUUAUUUAUAAUUUCUGUCUUGUUAAAUCAUUGAUUUCCAGUCUUCGCUGUUUGGAUGUUGUAUGUGAUUCAGCAUUUACUCUGUGUCUUGUGACUCACUCGGCUAGAAAACCGAUCGGGGUUGACAAAUACACAAGGGGCAAUUAUCGAACUGUUGUGGGAUACAAUGACACAAUCUGUAUGAGCGGAGUAUUUGCAACCCCGCCAAGCGACGGAGAGCCAACCGAGCGGACUGGUCUUGUGUCCGGCAGCCGUAACAGCAGAAACAUGGAAAACGUCAGCUUCAGCCAUGCGACUCCGUCGUACCAGAGAGACUCCCCUGCCGUACUGGACACAACACAGACCGACGAAAGAGGUUUCAGUAGUGUUCGCAGAGAAACAAGGCGUGACCAAGAUAAUAGCACAAACCCAUCAGCUCAGUCGCGUCAGAAUGGCAGCAGCAACCAGGGAAGUGCCGGAUCAGAUGAGGAAGACGAAACGCUGCUGUACGGAGCCAAGCAUGUCAUCAUGCUGUUUGUGCCUGUCACACUCUGUAUGGCUGUUGUCGUAGCAACCAUUAGUUCUGUCACAUUUUACACAGAACAAACAACUUACUUAAUCUACACACCUUUCCACGACAAGACCGAUGACACAGGAACUAAACUGUGGCAGUCUUUUGCCAAUGCCUUCAUCUUGUUGGGUGUGAUUGUAGCUCUCACUGUGGUGCUGCUUCUCUUGUACAAGUACAGAUGCUACAAGGUGAUCCACGGCUGGCUGAUUGUGUCCUCACUCAUGCUCCUGUUCCUCUUCUCAUACAUUUACCUGGGUGAGGUGCUGCGAGCCUACAAUGUCCCGUUCGAUUAUAUCACGGUGGUCGUCUUGAUGUGGAACUUUGGAGUUGUAGGGAUGAUCAGCAUUCACUGGAAGGGUCCGCUGUUGCUGCAACAGGCCUACCUCAUCGUCAUCAACGCCCUCAUGGCACUCAUCUUCAUCAAAUACCUCCCAGACUGGACCACCUGGGUUGUACUCGGUGUCAUGGUUGUCUGGGAUCUGGUAGCUGUGUUGUGUCCCAAGGGCCCGCUGCGUGUGUUGGUGGAGACAGCCCAGGAGAGGAACGAGCCUAUAUUCCCUGCCCUAAUCUACUCCUCGACAAUGAUGUGGCAGGUGGUUACAGCUGCUGACGGAGACGAUGGGGAUAAACAACAGAAAAAGAAGAAAAGGAAACGAGGCAGCCCCAGCUCAGAUGAUACAGAGAGAACCACAAUUUCUACAGACACAGGUGCUACAAAUGAAAUCCCAUCAGAUUCUGAAGAGGGUGGAUUCCGGGAGCAUAUAUACACACCUCGACGACAGCUAUCCUCCAGUGGAGAGACAGAGCGUGCUCGGUCAGCUGUGGUCAACUUUGGUGAGGUCCGAUCGGAAGGUCGCAACGGACCUGUUGAUGACAGAGCAAUGACUGGGAGUGCACGGCAACAGCAGCAACAAGCAGCUCAAGAAGAAGAAGAAAGGGGCGUGAAACUCGGACUGGGAGACUUCAUCUUCUAUGGUGUCCUGGUUGGGAAAGCUUCCUCCUAUGGAGACUGGAACACUACACUUGCCUGCUUUGUAGCAAUACUCAUUGGCUUGUGUUUCACGCUGUUGCUGUUGGCUAUAUUUCGCAAGGCUCUUCCUGCUCUGCCGAUUUCCAUCACAUUUGGACUUGUGUUCAACUUUGCCACACGGGCACUCGUCAAGCCAUUUAUGGACAAACUGGCCAGUGAACAAGUGUAUAUAUAGCACUGUUUGAAGGACAGUCUCCAGGCAGGACUGUACAUACCAUUGUUUAAACCAUAUGGUCUCCACACUUUGUGUAUAUAACUGCUUCAUCACUGUCAUCUUGAAGCAGUGUUCUGGCGGUGUCUCCGGGAAUAUGUUGGUUGGGAUUAAUGUAAACUAUGAAAUAUUAGUCUCAAGCUUUGUCUGCAUGAGUAGGACUGUUCAUGACAAGAUUUUAUUUGUUUUUAGCAAAAAAAAUCCUCCAAAAAGUGACCGUCACUCACUUUUCACUCAGACAUAAAAGAAAAAUGUUUCCCCCUAAAAUUUUAUAUUAGCUACCUGAAAACUGAUUGUUUCACUUCUAAGCCUUAAGAUAUUUCUGACAUUUCAAAUCAAAUAUAUCACAUGAUGAUCCUUUCUUCUCAUCUUAGCUGAAUGUUUCAACAGACAACAGACACAAUCCAGUAGUACACUACUUUCAUGAAUAUGAUGUAAGAAGGUCGUAAACGCUAUUGAAACAUUUGAGUUAGGUUCAAGGAAACAAGUACCCUGUUUUGGAGAUUUUUUAAUAUAUAUAUGUACUUUCUUACACAGCACAGUUUCUGAAUGGAGAGUUGAAAAUAACUUCUCCAUGUUCACAGUUCCACUUUUCUCAUUGGAAAAUUGUGAAGUGAUCAUGUAAAGGAAUAUUAUUUUAUGUAAUCUGUGAAUGGUUCAGCUGUGAAAUAAAUCAACAGGACUCUGGCUGUUUAGGCAAUUUAGGAAGUUGAUGUGAAGCGAAAUAUAAUUUUUCUCUCUCAGCUGUUACCAUCUCUCUCUGAAUUUAGCAACAGUUUUUGUCAUGAACACACGGCUGACAAUGCAUUAAGUUGUUGAGAGAGUGAGUUGAGAGAAUAUUGCCACUUUCAGUUGCAGUUAUAUUUCAGCGGAUCCCCUGUCGUGGGGAUGGGUGGGAAGUGAUGCCACAGCGCUCUGCUCUACAUAAAUAUAUACAUCACACAGCAGAAACUCGGCUUAUAAUUUCAGCCAGUGAUCCCA